AUGGGGGAGAUUAGGUUGAGGGUUUUGUGUUUGGUCUGUGUGUGGGUUCUCUUUCUGGGUUCGGUCGUCGUGUGUUCAUCGGACCGGCGCGUGCGCAGGAACGCGUAUGCGACGAUGAUGUAUGUGGGGACUCCGAGGGACUACGAGUUCUACACUGCCACGCGCGUGAUGCUCAGAUCCCUUGGGGCGCUUGGGGUUGACGCCGAUCGUGUCGUCAUUGCCUCCAUGGAUGUGCCCCAGCAUUGGAUUCAAGCUCUGGAAGAAGAAGAUGGGGCAAAGGUGGUGAGAGUGGAGAAUAUAAAAAAUCCGUACAGAAGCCAAUCCGAAUUUAACUGGCGAUUUAAGCUGACUUUGAACAAACUAUACGCUUGGAAGCUCGUGGACUAUGAUCGAGUUGUCAUGCUCGAUGCGGACAACCUCUUCCUUCAGAAAACGGACGAACUUUUUCAAUGUGGACAAUUUUGUGCUGUCUUCAUCAACCCUUGCAUUUUCCACACGGGUCUUUUUGUAUUGCAGCCAUCUUUGGAGGUGUUCAAUGAUAUGAUGCACGAGUUAGAGAUAGGGAGAAGUAACCCGGAUGGCGCGGACCAAGGUUUUCUAGGAAGCUAUUUUCCCGAUUUGCUCGAUCGACCGAUGUUUCAUCCUCCACUGAACGGGACAAAGCUUGACGGGUCCUACAGACUUCCCCUCGGCUACCAAAUGGAUGCUUCUUACUACUAUCUAAGGCUCCGUUGGAGCGUACCGUGUGGGCCCAACAGUGUGAUCACUUUCCCGGGUGCCCCAUGGCUAAAACCGUGGUACUGGUGGUCGUGGCCCGUUCUCCCCUUGGGCAUUCAAUGGCAUAAAACCCGCCUUCAAACUCUUGGGUACAACGAGGAAAUGCCUGUCGUCUGGAUCCAAGCCAUAUUAUACGUGGGCAUAAUAGCCGUGGCCCGUUUGGCGCGUCCCAACCUGUCCAAGCUCUGCUACCGUCGAGAAGACAAGAGUUUGUUCUUCGUGCAAACGGGCUUCAAGCUAUUAGCCGUGUGGGCCCUACUGGCAGCUUACAUCAUCCCGUUUUACCUCAUACCCCACACGGUCCACCCGAUUGUCGGGUGGGGCCUUUACCUAAUGGGGGCCUUUUCACUCUCGUGUGUAGCGGCCAACAUUUUCUUGCUCCCGAUGCUGCCCGUGAUCGGGCCGGGCCUCGCGAUAUUGGGCUCCCUUCUUGUCAUGGGCUAUCCGGGCUACCCGAACGGGAUAGUGAGGGCACUUUCGGUAUUUGGGUACGCAUUUUGCUGCUCGCCACUUGUGUGGGUGGCGUUGGGGAAGAUUGUGUCUGCUCUGCAGGUGUCGGUCGAGCAGAGUAGUGUGGUGCCCUCCAUGAACAAGUUGUGUUAG